ACUCAGGAUUCGUUCAAAGGCAAACUUAUUUUCAAAUAUUCAACUCGUGUAGUUCAAUUGUUUUAAUUCAUGGCUUCAUUUGCGGUUCAUUAUUUCGUCAUUGGAUUGAUUUUAGCCAUUGUAGGCACAUUUUCUAUAAGCUACCUAAUUUCGACGUCAGACCAUCAUGCGUCUUUUAUCUUUCCAUACAUAAGUGAUACUGGUGCUCUACCGCCUGAAAGCUGCGUAUUUGGUCAACUGCUCAAUAUAUGUUCGUUUCUUUCUUUUGUAUGUAUUUAUUGUUGGUAUCUACAUGAGUGCAAUGUAAUAUACAUACUUCAAGGACCUAACUCUCACAUUGUUUUUGCACGUCUUACUUGCAUCAUUGGCUGUCUAAGCGCACUGGGAAUGUCGAUUGUAGCUAAUUUCCAGGAAGCAUCUUUAAUAGUUGUUCAUUUAAUCGGUGCAAUGAUGACUUUCGGAUUGGGAGUCGUAUUUUCAGCGUUAGUCACCUAUUCUACACGUAAACAUUUAGAAUACAAUUUCAAAAUAUAUGUAUUCCGUUUAAUCUUAACUAUUUGCGGUUUUCUCGCGAAUCUGGGAGUCUUCAUUUUUGGGCAUUUAUCUGGGGAAAUCCACGGUCCAUUCCCUAGAAAAUGGGAUCCAUCUGAAGCGGGUUUUAAAUAUCAUGUAAUGAGUAGCUUUUGCGAAUGGUUAAUGUCCUUCACAUUCUUACUGUUUUUCGCUUCUAUGAUAUUCGAAUUGAGAAACUAUGAGUUAGAAUCGGUUAAAAUAAGGCGCAUAGUUAUCGCGCCUGAAAACAAUGAACAAACACCUCUACUCGCUUAAGUCAUCACUUUCUGUUCUUGUGAUUAUAAUUCAGUGAAUAAGAACAAAAUACUUUGAUCCAUUUCAUUAGAACUACAAUUUUCUAUCAUACAGCGUAACAGUCAUGUUUUUUUACUUAAUACACUAUGUAAUCUAUUUCUUUAUGUUGAUUUUUCUACUUUUAUCGAAAGAACAAAUUUGAUUCACAAAAAUAUCAAGCCUUCUGUAUUUUUUGGGACGGGAAAGAAAAUGACACUUUGAAGAUUCUUCCAUUUUAGAGAUGAUUUAACUUAUAGAUCAAUUACAUAUUCUAGUAGUCAGCCUUGAAACUCAGUUUGUACAGGUCAGUGAUACUGUAGUGAACAAGAACACAAGU